ACGCAUCGCCAAUGGAACAAGAAAAUGAUGUAAAUAACGCGCGACAGUUGUAUAAGGUAAACCGCGCGAGUGUGUAUACUACGCUUUUACGUAUAGAGAUAAUAUUUCGCGGUCUAUCGCUUGGCCCUAGACGCUCUUAAUUUUUGAAUUGAUAGCAUCGAAGAUAUAUAUUUUUUAUUAUAUAUAUGCCGCGAGCAUGGCCGAUCGAAAAAAAUUGUCGUCGAGCUUCUACGAUCGGGAAGUUGCCGGUUUCGUCAUGCAGAUCGAGGACGACGGCGUUACGAUUACGGCGCGCUGCGUCAAGUGCCAGUCGUCGUUGAGAAAUCUCGACGCGAAUCGUCUCAAGAGGCACAGGCAAUACUGCGAUCGCGAGCGACUGUUUCCGAAUCGCAGCCACAUCGAGAAUCGCACGUCGCCACGGAAUUGGACCGGUUCACCGGCGAAGGACACCAGACCUCUCCGAGAUCAGCAGCAGCAGCAUCCGGCCGACAGCGUCGACGGGAACAACUACUACAAGGCGCGACUCGUCGGCGCGUCGUCGUCGUCGUUCCGCGACGCUUCGCCGAUCGUCGCCGAUCGCCGCGGAUCCCCUCGCUGCUGGCCCGAUCGCAGCUGGGAAGAGCCGAUCAACCACGACCUGGUGAAGUAUUUGUCGGAGAGGCAGAGCGAGGCGCAGCAGGAGGUCGCCGAGCUGCGACUCAACAACAAGAUCCUGGCGAGGGACAACAGGAGGCUGGCCUCGGUGCUGCUGCGUACCCAGAAAAAAAUGAACAGCCUGCGAUACCACUUGAACGGUCUCUGCAGCAUAUCGCUCGUCAACGCCAGCAAUCCGAAUUAUAUUGUUUGAAAUAUAUGUAUAUUGUGUAUGUGUGUGUGGGAAUUGAUGUGUAUCGGUGUCGGUGCGUUAUAUAUUGUAUAAUAAUCAAUUAUAUAUAAGCUCGUUAUGAUCCUAUUUUACAAGUUUAUUGGAUGAAUAAAAUUUUCGUACUUUUGCGUA